AUGCAGUCGGGCAGUUCAAACUUGGCUGAGAGUUUUGCGGCCGAGUUUUGUUCGAAAUGGGGCUGGAGAGGGAAGCCCGGGUUUUUUCGAAAUGGUGCUCGAGUUGGCGGCGAGGCUCUGACUGGAGAAGAGCGGCCGGGCUCUGCUUGGAGCGUUGGCGGCCAGGCUAUAUUGGAAGGCUGCAGUCGGGAUUUGUUUGAGUGCGGCCGAAUGUGA